AUGCUGGCGGGGCUGGAGGUGCGGGAGGAAGAGGAGGAGGAGGAGAACUUUCCAGGACGCGGCGGCGACAGCGGAGCGGGGACCCCUCGGCGGGGCAUGGACGGGGCGGCGGCGGAGCCCCCCCCGCGCGAGGGCGGCGGGCCGGAGGGCGGCGGGAGCCGGGAGCGGCCGCUCUUCUCCCCCUCCGCCGCCUUCGAGCCCGGCUUCUCUCAGCAGCCGCAGCCCGAGGAGCGCCACGACAGUGCCAGCAACGGGACGGCGCGGCUGCCCCAGCUGGGGGCCGUGGGGCAGUCCCCGUAUAGCAGCGCCCCGCCGCUCUCGCACACCCCCAACGCCGACUUCCAGCCGCCCUACUUCCCCCACGUAGAAGAUCCCGGCAUCAACAUCCCGGACCAGACCGUCAUUAAGAAAGGCCCCGUGUCCCUCUCCAAGUCUAACAACAACGCCGUCUCCUCCAUCCCCAUCAACAAGGACGCGCUCUUCGGCGGGGUGGUGAACCCCAACGAGGUCUUCUGCUCGGUGCCGGGCCGCCUCUCGCUGCUCAGCUCCACCUCCAAGUACAAGGUCACGGUGGCGGAAGUGCAGCGACGCCUCUCGCCUCCCGAGUGCCUCAACGCCUCCCUGCUGGGCGGAGUGCUGCGGAGGGCAAAAUCCAAAAAUGGCGGGCGGUCCCUUCGAGAGAAGCUGGACAAGAUAGGGUUGAACCUGCCGGCCGGGAGGCGCAAAGCUGCUAAUGUCACCUUGCUCACCUCGCUGGUGGAGGGGGAAGCAGUGCAUCUAGCUAGAGAUUUUGGGUACGUUUGUGAGACAGAAUUUCCUGCCAAAGCAGUAGCUGAAUUUCUCAACCGACAACAUUCCGAUCCAAACGAGCAAGUCACAAGAAAAAACAUGCUUCUAGCUACAAAACAGAUCUGUAAAGAGUUCACCGACCUGCUGGCUCAGGACCGAUCUCCCCUGGGGAACUCGCGGCCCAACCCCAUUUUGGAGCCGGGCAUCCAGAGCUGCCUGACCCACUUCAACCUCAUCUCGCACGGCUUUGGGAGCCCGGCGGUAUGCGCUGCCGUCACCGCCCUGCAGAACUAUCUCACCGAGGCGCUCAAGGCCAUGGACAAAAUGUACCUCAGCAACAACCCCAACAGCCACACAGACAACAGCACCAAAAGCAGCGACAAAGAGGAGAAGCACCGAAAGUGA